AUGACGCCCCAUAAUGCAGUCGGCUGGUCAGCCUGGGAGGAGGAAAACCUCCUUCCCUGGCUCGAAUCUAACCGAGACUUGACCUGGAAAGCUUUGUCGAUUGCCUAUUGGCAGCAGUAUCAUGUAAGACGAAGCGUCGAGUCUCUACGAGGGAAAAAGCACCACAUCCUUCGAAAACGCCGCGACGCUGGCAAAACGCUAAUUGUCAAUGAAUCCGAGGCGUCAAAGUGUGCAAACUGCAAAAUUUCGAAGAAGAGAAAGCGACUGAGGCGUUCAACCAACCAAUGGCUCAGGAAUCCGCCACACAUCAAUCAGACCGCAGUGACUACAAAGUCGAAAAGAUCAUUCACUAGUAAGAUGCCUGUUGAGAUUGCUUUGAAUUUUUACCAAGCUGAUCCAUAUCACAGAUCCGACACUGAUGCCAGCAGACUACACACGGCUUGA